UUUAUAUUUUCAACUAAUGCUACUAUAAGUGCUUUUAAUAAUCCAGUGUCGGCCCUAGAUGGAAGUGAAAAUGGACUCAGCUUAUCUCCAAGUCGAAACUUUACUUCUGGGAUGAGGCUUUUAUUUUGGUAAGCCCCACCCGGACCUGCUGGUACCACUGCUGCGAACUGGGACUCCCGCGGUUCUGAUCAGACUGCUGUGCGCAGAGUGUGCAGGGAUGGGACGGUUUUAGAACCAGCAGAGCCUCUUCCUCCUCUCAGCACCGAGUUUCUGGCCGGACUCCUGCACCAUGCAUGGGGGGAAGAGGGGACUGGUGGCUCCGCAGAACACUUUCCUGGAAAACAUAGUCCGGCGCUCCAGCGAAACCAGCUUCCUGUUGGGAAACGCACAGAUCGUGGAGUGGCCGGUGGUUUACAGCAACGAUGGAUUCUGCAAGCUGUCGGGGUAUCACAGAUCCGAGGUCAUGCACAAGAGCAGCACCUGCAGCUUCAUGUAUGGUGACCUGACGGACAGAAAGACGAUCGAAAAAAUCAGACAAACGUUUGACAGCCACGAGUCGAAUUUUCAUGAAGUGCUUCUCUAUGCAAAGAACAGAACACCCAUAUGGCUUUACAUGCAGAUCGCUCCGAUCCGAAAUGAAAACGACAAGGUGGUGCUUUUCCUCUGCACCUUCAGAGACAUCACGCUUUUCAAACAGCCCAUCGACGACGAGUCAGCCAGAGGAUGGACAAAAUUUGCCAGGCUCACGAGGGCCCUCACCAACAACCGYAACCUGGUGCAGCAGCUCGCUCCUCUGAACAAGACUGAGGUCAGCCACAAGCCGUCCAGACUGGUUGAGGCUCUCCAGCUGGGAUCGGACAUCCUCCCUCAGUACAAACAAGAGGCCCCUAAGACCCCUCCACACAUCAUCCUCCACUACUGCACCUUCAAGACCACCUGGGACUGGGUCAUCCUCAUCCUCACCUUCUACACCGCCAUCAUGGUGCCCUAUAACGUCUCCUUCAGGACCAARCACAACAACCUGGCCUGGCUGGUGGUGGACAGCGUGGUGGACRUCAUCUUCCUGAUYGACAUCGUGCUCAACUUCCACACCACCUUCGUGGGUCCGGCCGGAGAGGUCAUAUCAGACGCCAAGCUGAUCCGGAUGAAUUACCUGAAGACGUGGUUCGUCAUCGACCUGCUGUCCUGCCUUCCCUACGAUAUCAUCAACGCUUUUGAAAAUGUGGACGAGGAUGUCAUCCCUCGCUCCUCUCCUCCAAGCCAUCUCCGGGACUUUUCACAUUUCCACAGGAACAGCACACGUACUGAAGACUCCGUUCUUCCUGGUCUCAGCAGCCUCUUCAGCUCCCUAAAAGUGAUCCGCCUGCUGCGUUUGGGUCGGGUGGCCCGGAAACUGGACCACUACUUGGAGUAUGGGGCAGCAGUCCUGGUCCUGCUGGUGUGUGUCUUUGGCCUGGUGGCCCACUGGCUCGCCUGCAUCUGGUACAGCAUCGGGGACCACGAGGUCAUUGACGAGACCACCAACAGCAUCAAGACAGACAGCUGGCUCUACCAGCUGGCCCUGAGCAUCGGGACGCCUUACCGCUACAACGCCAGCGGAACAGGCCAGUGGGAGGGGGGUCCCAGCAAGGACACCCUGUACAUCUCCUCUCUCUACUUCACCAUGACCAGUCUCACCACCAUCGGAUUUGGCAACAUCGCCCCGACGACAGACGGCGAGAAGAUUUUCUCUGUGGCGAUGAUGAUGGUGGGCUCGCUGCUGUAUGCGACCAUCUUUGGAAACGUCACCACCAUCUUCCAGCAGAUGUACACCAACACCAACAGAUACCACGAGAUGCUCAACAAUGUCCGCGACUUCCUCAAGCUCUACCAGGUUCCCAAAGGUCUGAGCGAGCGGGUCAUGGACUUCAUCGUGUCCACCUGGGCCAUGUCUAAAGGCAUCGACACUGACAGGGUUCUCUCCAUCUGUCCCAAAGACAUGCGUGCAGACAUUUGUGUGCAUCUCAACAGGCAGGUGUUCAACGACCAUCCGGCGUUCCGUUUGGCGAGUGACGGCUGUUUACGCUCACUCGCCGUGGAGUUUCAGACCACCCACUGCGCACCUGGAGACCUCAUUUUCCACAUCGGAGAGAGCGUCGAUACGCUCUGCUUUGUCGUCUCCGGUUCGCUCGAAGUCAUCCAGGACGAUGAGGUCAUUGCCAUACUAGGUAAAGGUGACGUGUUCGGAGAUGUGUUCUGGAAGGAGAGCACCCUGGCCCGGGCCUGCGCAAACGUCCGAGCUCUGACUUACUGUGACCUGCACGUCAUCAAGAGGGAAGCUCUGAUGAGAGUGCUGGAGUUUUACACAGCGUUUGCCAACUCCUUCUCCCGAAACCUCAUCCUCACCUGCAAUCUACGAAAACGGGUCAUUUUCAGGAAGAUUGCUGAUGUGAAGAGAGAAAAGGAGCGUCAGAGGAGUGAAGUGGCGCUCUCCAUUCCAGAGGAUCACCCUGUUCGCAAGUUGUUCCAGAAGUUCAAGCAGCAGAGGGACACGCAGACGUUGGAUCAAAACUGUGUGUUGGUGGAACCGGAGCAUCACCCGCACACCGACUCCAACUCCUGCCACAGGCGUCAGAGUGGAUCCUCUCAGCAGCAGGAGCACAACAGCAAACCCUCCACAGGAAGGGGGAGCAUAAGCGGCGUGCCUCAACAUGUGUUUACAGAUGCUGGAAAGUCAGAGCAAAGCUGCACACAAGUAACCGUGGAGUCUGAAUCAAGGCCGUGUGCAGAGAAUCCGAUUUGUCAGAGGGGCAGCGGUGGUGCAGAGGGAGCUGCAGGUCGUGUUAACAGCGGCAAAAGUGUCAAAGGGUGGGCAAAGUUUAGGAGCGCCGUCUCUGCUGAACCGCCACUUCCUGCCAUCGAGCCGGAGAAGCAGACACAGAAAGCUGAGGGGUGGCCGAACGCGGCGCAGCCAACAGAAGAGCGUGUCGCUGCUAAAAAGAACCAGGAAUCAGAGGAGAGCGGACAGCUGGGGGGCAACGCUAUGGGGGAGGCAGGAGAAGAAACGAGCGUCCUGCACAAAACUGACUCCUGCGACAGCGGCAUCACGAAGAGCGAUCUGCGCAUCGACCGCGCCGGGGAGGCCAGGAGCUCCUUUGAGCGAAGCCCGAUGGAGAAGAGUCCGCUGGAGAGAAGCCCGUUGGAGCACAGCCUCGGGGUUUACACCGAGGUCUCCAUGAGGCAGUCCUUCCUCCAGCCGGUGGCUGAACAGUCUCUGCUCCAGGCCACGCUCCAUGAGGCCAAGCUGGAGCUGAAAGGAGACAUUAAGAAACUGAGCAGCCGGCUGUCGCUGCUCGAGUCGCAGGUGAGCGAGAUCCUCAGGCUGCUGUCCACAAAAAGGAGACUGUCGCUGCCUCCGACUACUUCAAAACCCAGAAUCAAAAGGCACGACUCAGGCAGCGCCUCUAGACUUGUUGCACCCAAAGCAGAAGAGGAGACUUUUGAAUUCACUUAUGAAUGACAUGAAAAAUAAAAGAUAUAGAUAAGCAACCUGCAUGUCCUGUUGGACUCAAAGACGCUUCCAGCUUUAAGAACGUGACUGCAUGCAUCAGAUUCCAGGGAUGUAGUAGAAUUUUAACAUAUCAGACAUUUCUCUGAUUGUGUUUGAGAAUGCAAACAAGUAGCAGAAAUAAAUGAACAAACAAUAAUGAUAAUGCUUGGAAAUUUAGAUGCAUUUUAAAAAUCUCAACUCUCUGAUGAAGGUGUUUGUUGAAACACACUUACCUGAGGAAAAAACUGAGUUACAGGAGACAUAUGGGGGAAUAUAUAUAUU